AGGUAUAUGGGAUGUUAUUAUUGAAGAGUUGAUACUUAAUAUUAGAUUAACUGUUACAUACAGCACAACCACUCCCUUUCAAAGUGGUCUUCUGCAGUUAAGCGAUCAUUUAAAAGAAAUUUGUAUGUUUUGUAUUUGUAUGUUAGUUGCACCUUUCAUCAGUGCACAAUACUAUCUGUUACACUGCAGAGCAAGGGGUUGGUGUGUUUUGAAAGUCUGGGGAUAUAGUGAGAGGUAUCUACACAUCUCCAUGUAUCCCCAAAUUCUGACAGUCAAAAAUGUUUGGAAAAAUAAUAUAUGUCCUAUCCUGUGUAUGUAGGUCAUGAGUAUUUAUUUAUUUAUUUUUUCCUUCUUUGAAUUGUGCAUGAACCCUAUUAAUCUAAUCAUGGGUGAACUUUGUCACCCUGUCAGGGGUGAAAGAUAACAGUAGCCAAUAGAAGGCGAUCUGCAUUCAUCCAUCCUACAGAUAUAAGAUAACAUUUCCCACCCCUCCAGAAAGUGCAGGACCACCGUGGAUAAGGUUGCGCCUCUCAUAAAAUUGAUCAUGGGGAGAUUCCUGAUUCUUCUGCCUGUCUUUGCCCUGAAUAGUUACCAUGUUCAAGGAAAUGACUGGUUGCAGAACUAUGAAAAUGGAAUGAAAGAGUAUUUUGAACUAUAUGCACCUCAGGAUUUUCCAGAGAAAGAAGACCCCCAGCAGUUUAGGCAUCCUCCAUUUGUGUGUCCUGACAUGAAGCCAUCGCCCACAGUCCCUACCUCAGUCCAUUAUGUGAAACCUGCUGAUAUCAAAGUAGUGGCUGCCCUUGGAGAUUCCCUGACAACUGCGAUUGCUGCGAAUGCUUCAAAUGUGUUUGGAGUUCCUUUUGAGUACCGACAAGUUUCAUGGAGCAUUGGAGGCUAUGGGACAUAUGAAGAUGUUAUUACCCUUGCAAAUAUUAUAAAGGUCUUCAACCCUGAUGUUAUUGGCCCCGCUCCUAUGAUGACAUUAAAUUCAAAACCAGCUUUGCUGAACGAAACUGGCUUUAACCUUGCAGUCACUGGAGCCAAUACAUAUGAGUUUCCAGCACAGACCAGACACCUGAUUGACACUUUCAAAAACUUCUCAGGGAUGAACUAUCGUGAAGAUUGGAAACUGUUGACCAUUCUUAUUGGAAACAAUGACUUGUGUGACUACUGUAAAAACAAGACUCUUUUUUCAGUGGAGAGUUUCAUUCAUAAUUUAACUGUUGCCCUGGACAUGCUUUAUGAUGAAAUGCCGAGGAUGUUGGUGAAUCUUGUCGAGAUCCUGCCUCUUGAGGGUCUUCGGGACCUCAAAAAACAAACCUUAGGCUGUUUGCUUCAAAGGUCAUUCUGCUCGUGUUUGAUUUUGCCACUGGACAAUUCCACAGAACUGAAGGAGCUUAUUGAGAUGAAUUCAGUCUUCCAGAAGAAAAUGGAGGAACUGAUAGCAUCUGGCAGAUAUGACAAACGGGAUGAUUUUGCUGUCAUUCUUCAGCCUUACGUAAAGAAUACAGUGCCUCCACGGCUUCCGGACGGAAAAGUUGACUUUUCAUAUUUCACUCCGGACUGCUUCCACUUCACCAUAAAGGGGCAUGAAGAGAUGGCAAAGGGGCUGUGGAACAAUAUGUUUCAGCCAGAAGGGAAAAAGGACCUAUUCGAUACCUUUACAAAUAUAAAGCUUAAUUGUCCACCAGUGGACCAUCCUUACAUAUACACCCGUCUAAAAGGCUCUGCUACACAACUCCAACCCCGUGUACUUUUCCCCUUUCUGCUUCUGCUGAGCUAUUUCUUUGGAUUUGUUCUCACUGACAGGAGAUGAAGAAAUAUCUGAAAGAUCUAUUCAAAUUUGUUUGUGGGUAAAUGAUUACAUCCGAAUGCCGCAGUGUUGCUUAAGUAACAUGAUGAAUAAGGCUUUGCAGAGCUUUCCUGAGAAUAUCUGACAAACAGAAGAAAUCUACAGUAAACCAAUCAAACUUGUGCACGCCCUAAAAAUAUUUAUUGACCUUUAACAUUUAAAGUGUUCCUGCACAGUGACAGUUUCACAAAUUAAAGAUUUAAUCAUGUGUACAAGUAAGUGACUGUAGCUAA